UUCCGUGAACAUUUGCAGACCACCAAAAUGUGGAGUCCAACGCACAUUCAAGUGACAGUGCAACGCGCCAAAGGGCUACUUAUCAAGGGUAAGGGCGGCACAAACAACUGCUUCGUCAUCAUCGCGCUCGGCAAGGAGAAGUACCAAACGUCCAUAAAACAGAAGGCCCCUGACUCGGUGAUGUGGAAUGAGGAAUGUGAGCUACAAAUCCCGACGCAAGGCAACCAGGCACAGCUGGUACUGACCGCGCUCCAUCACAACAGCGUCGGGAUGGACGAGUUUCUCGGGCGCGUUGUUCUACCGCUAAACGAGAUGGAAGUGUACGAACGGCCCCGUGCCCGCUGGUACAAGCUCGAGAGCAAGGAUCGCGAAAAGAAGAAGGAGAAGGAUCGGGGCGAGCUGGAGGUGCGCAUCUCGUUCACGGUAAAAGCCGGCUCGCUGACCGAUCUGAGCAAGAAGGAGAAGAGCAAGAGCUCGAUCAGCAAUCUCGCGUCCAGCGUGGGCGGUUCGCUGCUGAGCAUCGGCGCGAUCGAGAAGCGCAAAGGGUUGAAAAAGAUUGCCAAAUCGAUCGGUUCGAAGAUGCACAUUUCCGGGCUGGGAAAGAAGGAAAGCCGGAAGGAGCGGGACGGCGGGGACGAUUCGUCGAUGUACAGUGGGAGCAAUUCGAGUUUGGCGGGCAUGGGUGUUGGUAGUGCAACACCGUCUACCGCCUCCUCGCUACACCCAUCGUCCGGUGGACGACAGUCGGAGCAAACUUUUGGCGAUGCGGAUCCGGGCGUCAUCAGCGAAGACGAGGAUGAGUUUGUGCUGGACAAUUUGUCGCACAAGAGCUCGAACGGUUCGCUGAACUUGCGUGCGGCGCGAACGAGCGCCCCGGUGGUAACAUCGACACCGCUCACCCUCGGCUCCACACCGGCCGCUUGUCCGGAACGGGAUAGCGAAACGCCGGUGGUGGCGACCGGCAAAAAGGUGGACGAAUGGGAAAAGAAACUGUACGGGAAGCACAUCGGCAAUACCGAUUCGCUGAAGCGUCGGAGCUGGGAAAGUUCGCGGGUGAUGCUCUCGUCACGGCGCGAAGAAACGGAGCAGGAGCUGGAAGCGGGUGAACGGCAGGAUCAAGCUGCUGGGGAGCAGCAGCAGCGCGGCCACUCCGUCACGGCACCCACAUCGCCCGAGCUGGAGGGUAAAGCGAACCACCACCAAAACACUGCCAGCACCAAAGCACCAACACCGAAACCAUUGCCCCGUGCCGGUUCCCAAGACAUCGUCGGCCGACAGUCACCGACCGUACCGGUGAUCCAGCUCGAAGGCAAACCGGAAAAGGAAAGCUUCACCAAGAAGCUGAAACACUUGGUAAAGGAGCACCGGGGUGGUGGUGGCCACCAUCGGGCCGAUUCGCUGGAGAAUCUUUCGUCCUCCACGGUAGGGGUUGCCAGUGUGAUGGUGGGGUCGCACAAGAAGCACGGUUCGAAGCAGCUCGGUACGGCGGACCAGCGCAUCAUUAUCGGUGUCGAGAAUGGGGAGCAGAUGGCGGCGGCAGCGGCCGCUGCCUCCCAGCGCCAGUCCAAGCUGGCACACGUGUCGCCGGAAACGCUCGCCAAGUAUGAGGGUAAAACGCGCGAGGAGGUUAUCAAGAUAGCGCACACGCUCGAGAACGAGGUGCACUACCAGAAGCAGAAGGUGAAGGAGCUGGAGGACUAUCUCGACAGUUUGCUGCUCAAGGUGAUGGAAUGCCAUCCGAAGAUACUGCAAAACCCGUACCAGAAGGCGGCACAACGAAAAGGUAAGGGUGUGCGCUAG